AUGACAGAACAGAUAGAAAAAGAAAUAGAAUUGCUUGAAAAGGUGGAACUUCGAAUUGCACUUGCUGAAACUGAUCAAAAAUUAGAGAAAAUUCUUGAUACGUUCUUAAGUCCCAUUCUAUUAAAGUUGGAAAGUCCACAUGAAGUAAUGAGAACAAAGGUGAUGAGCAUUUUAGCUCAUAUCAAUAAGCGAAUUCGACCUAAAACAAAUAUCAAACUUCCAUUAAUCCCUCUUUUGGACCUUGUUUGUACUAUAAAAGUUACUAAAUCGAUAUUUGUUAAGAAUUUUGGUAUUAUGUAUCUUGAGAUGGCCUAUAGUAGAUUAACGGACGAGGAACAAAUCGCUAACUUACCAAGUUUGGUUAAAGGCAUUGAUUCAAAGCCUCUUAGUCAAAAGCAGACGUUAAUGCAUAUUAUACUUUUGGCCUUAAAGAAUUAUAAACCAAAGCAUGCAGAUUCACCAGCUGAGCUUGAUCCAUUUGAUUUCAAAACACAUCCUGGUGAUGCUAACUUUUUGCUAGAAUCAUUCUUAGAUGUUAUCUUAUAUAGGCAAAUAAAUGAUAAACCUAUUAUGGAACAGCAAGAUCCUCAACUUGUUCAAUUAUCAUCGGUACCUCCGGGCCUAAGUAUUAAUGCUGUUAAAUUUGUAACGAAUGAUGGAAAGGCACAAUGGGUUUUAAAAAAUUCAGAGUUAAUAUUAAUUAAGACGGGUGUUCUUAAAUUUAUUAAUUCUUCCGUAAUAUUACCAGAUUCAUUGCAUGAAAUUAUACAUUUUAAGAAAUUCUUAGUUUUGCUUUCUGCAUCAUGUGAUUCUGCACAUGAAGUUGUGAGAGGUGGAGAAGAUGGUCUUAAAAGGAAUAAAAAACCAGAUUUAGAAAAUAAAAUUGUCGUAGAUGGAUUAUAUUCUUUAUACCAGGGUAGCCAAACCGGAACCGUAAACAAUCUAGAUCAACAAAUACGACGUCAGCCAGCUUCACCAUCUCUUAAGUAUAAAAUCAUGAGCUACCUUUGUAAAUCAAAGCUUGCAACAAACAUAUUUCCUGCUUUAAUUCAAGUUUCUUUCGAUUGUCUUUAUGGUCCUUCAACAAACGCAAAAUUGCAAAAUCAAGGAAUGGGUUUUAUUCAAUGGGUAGCAAGGAUGGCCGAUACCUCAAUAUUGAAACCUGUUGCUCCAGUUUUAUUAUCUGGACUUUUAAAAUUAAUUAACGAACCUGGAGGUUCCGAAGGAGGGAAUCUAAGAGCGGGAAAAGAAGAUUUGAGAGGAUUUGCUUAUGUGGCUGUUAGUUUGUUGGCAAGGAGAGGUAUUAAAAUUUAUGAAAUGCUUACACGUUCAAAUUCGCAAGAUACUAAUAAGUUUUUAAUAAUAACAGUUCCAGAGAUUUUCCGUAAAGAUUUAUCUAUAAUUGCAAAUUUCUUUAUGGCUAUCACAGUGGAAACCAAAAAUGUUAAAAUAUCUGUUCAAGAAGCUUUAUCUAAUAUGACAGAAGCAUAUCAAAAUGCUGAAACUUGGGCAAAUGAAGAUGAAAUCAGGACAAUUGAAAACAUCUUAGAAGAGAAUAUAGACAAAUCUGAACACCAAGCGCGUUAUUGUGCCGUUAAAUAUGCAACUUCGUUAUUUCCAUUUUCUCAUAUCCUGUCUCGGUAUAUUUGUCUUCUUGCUUCAGCUGACGAAAAGUUAGAAGUAAAAGAGAUGGCAUCUCGUGGUUUAGCUUUUCCUAACUCAAAACCUCACAACCUUGAUCAAUCAAAUAUAGAGAUUAAAAUCCCUCCUUUCUUGGAAUUUGUAAAUUUUAUUAAUAAUAAGUCAUCUCAGAGAACAAAGAAAUUAAUCAAUAUUUUACAGUCUAGUCAAUCUACUGGAAAAAAGUAUGUUUUGGGAUAUCGCACAGAGGUUUAUAUUAACAUCUUACGAUUUCUUAGACAUUUAAUGAUCGUAAAUGCGGACCCGAAAGCGUUAAUUGAUGAAUUUGCUAAUGAGUUCGAUGAUGAACCUACGUUAUUCGAUUCAGAUACGCGCACGCGGGUUAAAAGUUGGUUAAAAGAACAAUGGAUAGCUGAUCAUGAAACAUCAGAUCAAAUGGAAUUAGAAGAGUAUAAGCAUAGCGGAACACUUAAUGUAUAUCUUGGAUUAAUCGAGAAUGGUUUAUCGAACGAAGGUCAAAUAGAUCCAUUAUUGCAAUCUACUGCAUCAUCAUGUCUUUUGGAGCUUAUAUCUCUUGGUCCAUCAUCUCUUUCCCGGUCCUAUGAAAGUCGAGUUAGCUGGCUAAAGGAUUUCUUGAAAGUAAUAAAACUUGAAGUACGUAAUGCUAUGGCACAUAUUCUUGGUAUAGUUAGUACAAGUGAAAUGGAUAGUCCGGAGAGAUGUGCAGCAAUUCAUGAUUUGAUAAAAGAACUCUUUACAAUCGCAAGAGACCAAUCUCGACAGAUAUCCGUUGAAUAUCAUCACGGAAGUAUACUCUCUUUGGGGUAUAUAAUUGGUCGAUUAACUUACCGAUAUCCUAAAGCAUAUAAAUCUAUGAUACCAUCAAAUCUUUUAUCAGAGGCAAUUGAAUUAAUUUCUAAAGAUUUAGAUUCAUCAACAAAUUUAUAUAUUAUCGGCGCUUCUAAAGCUUUAGGUGAAGCGGGUAGAUAUACUUCACUACAAGACUCGAUAAACGUUAACAAUAAAGGAAAAAGAAAGAUGGAUGAUGCAUCACCUAGUCCAGAUAUAGUGGAAAAAUUAAUUAAUGUUGUUAAAACCACUAAAGAUGUUAAGGUCAAAGAGACAUCCAUUAUCACGCUUGGACAUAUCGCACUUGGAGAACCUAAUUAUGCUGAAAAGAUUUUAUCAUUAUUCUAUGACUUGGCAACCAUAAUUAAUAAACAAGUGGAGGUUCAUUUCACUAUUGGUGAAUCGAUCACUUGUAUUGCCGCAGGGUGGGAAAGUAAUUCAAUGGGCCAAUAUUUGGACAUUGCCGAUGCUUCACCUUCACUGAAUACAAUCGAUAAUUCGAUAAUGGAAGGAAUCUUGGUCAAGUUAUUUAACGAAUUGUUGCCUUCAAACAAGACAUCAGUGAAGAAAGCUGUCUGUGUUUGGAUGUUAUGUAUAGUAAAAUUCUGUUCUAAACAUGAAGUUGUCAAGGCUGCUUUACCUAGAAUACAUGGAGCAUUUUCGCUUUUAUUAGCAGAUCGCGAUGAAUUUACUCAGGAAGUUGCUUCCAAGGGUAUUGGUUUGGUCUAUGAAUUAGGAGAUCAAAAGAUUAGAGAACAGCUUGUUGAUUCACUUGUUGGAAUGUUUAGUGAGGGAAAACGUCCGAAAGAAACAAUAGAUCAGGAUACUCAGUUGUUUGAUUCAAACACACUCGGUCAAACUCCUGACGGAUCAGCUAUUUCAACUUAUCAGUCUAUUCUUUCUUUAGCAUCUGAUAUGAAUCAACCAGAGUUGGUUUAUAAGUUUAUGCAAUUAGCUAGCCAUAAUGCUAUGUGGCAAUCACGCAAAGGAGCAGCGUUUGGAUUUUCAUCUAUCAUUGCUCAAGCAGAAAAGGAAUUAGAACCGUAUUUGAAAGAUCUGAUACCUAGAUUAUAUAGAUUUCAAUAUGAUCCAAAUCCAAGAGUCAAUGAAGCUAUGACAAGUAUUUGGAAAUCUUUGGUGAAAGAUCCAAAAAAUGUUAUUGAUGAGUAUUUUGAUAUAAUUGUUAAAGAUUUACUCAAAGGACUUGGUGAUAGGUUAUGGAGGACCAGAGAAUCUAGUGCUAAUGCUUUAACAGAUUUGUUACAAGGAAGGCAGAUUCAACAACUUGAACCAUAUUUGCAGGAUCUAUGGAAUAUGAGUUUUAGAGCCUUGGAUGAUGAAAGCGUUAGAAUAGCAGCCUUUAAAACCUGUCGUUCGUUAACAAAAGUUACAGUGAAAUAUUGUGAUCCUAGUAAUGUAUCCAUUGAAGAUGGACAAAAAGCAAUGAACAUUAUAAUGCCUUUCUUAUUAUCAAAAGGAUUGGUAUCAGAUGCCGAGGAUGUUCGCAAGUUUUCGUUGACAACAGUCCUCAAAAUCUGUAAAACUGGUAAAGAAUUACUAAAGCCACAUAUUGCAGAAAUUGUUGACAGGUUAUUGGAAGGUUUAUCUAGCAUGGAACCUCAGGUCAUGAAUUAUCUUAGUUUUCAUGUUGAUAAAUAUGAUGUCACACAGGAGCAGCUCGAAAACUCUCGCUUAUCAGCUGCUAAAAAUUCUCCAAUGAUGGAAGGAAUUGAAUCAUGUAUUGAUUAUAUCGAUGAAAAAGUCAUAAUAGAUUUAACACCUAAAUUAAUUAGCCUUAUACGUAAGGGAGCUGGUUGCGCGAGAUUUGUAGUAUCAAUGUGUCUUAAAAAAGCCGAAAUAGUAAAACCUCAUGCCAAUACCUAUUUGAAGGCUCUAAGUGGUGCUAUCCUUGAUGUCUCUCCCGCAGUUCGCAAGUCAUAUGCUGUUGCUGUCGGAUAUGUUGCACAUUUGGCAUCUGAUAAUACUUUAAUCAAGUUUAUCGGACAUUUGAAAAAGGUUUAUUGUGAAAAUAGCGAGGAUGAAAUCAGAUCUAUUACAGGAAUUACAAUGCAUGAAAUAUCAAAGCAUGCAUCUGAUGAAAUGAAAAGAAUUUAUGUGGAAGUUUUACCACUUACUUAUUAUGGCAAACAUGAUUCUGAUUCAAGCAUUAAAAAUGUGUGGAAUGAAAUAUGGGAAGAUAAUGCUUCCGGAUCUACGGGAACAAUUAAAUUAUACUUAAAUGAAAUAAUUGUUCUAUUGUCAACAUUGUUGGAGUCACCUUCGUGGCCUACAAAAAGACAAGCUGCAUUAACAAUGGCAGAUGUUGCUAAAUCAAUAGAACAAAGCUUGAUACCACAUAUGGAACAAGUUCUUCCAUUGUUGUUAGAUGGAUUAUCAGGAAGAACUUGGGCAGGAAAAGAAGCUCUUGUCGAAGCAUUGGCAGCAGCUUCUGUUUCUUGUCGAGAAUAUUUUGAAAGUGAUGAAAAUCGUGCUCAGUUGGAUACUCUAUCUAAAGUGCUUAUACGUGAAAGUAAAAAAUCAAAUAAACAAUACCAACGUAAUUGUAUUGAAAAUCUUGGGAAAUUUGCCGAUGCUUAUAGUGAUACGUUAGAACUUUAUCCCGAUGUCAAAAAUUUUUUAUUUGAAUUGGCAACAGCUGAACCAGAUCCUGACGAAAUGGAAGUAGAUGAUGCAAAUGACCGUCCAUUAUUUUUAUUAGUCAAAGCAAGUGCAGUGAAGUGUCUUGGAUUAGUUUGGUCAAAGAAAAAAGAAAUUCAAAAACAACAUUUUAAAGAACUUGGUGCAUUAUUGGCAAGUUCUUUGAAAUCCGGUAAAAAUGUAUGGAAUGUACGUUUAUGUGUAUUAGAAUCUCUUGAAAAAUUUAUCUACAAGUUGGACUUUAGUGAACCACAAGUUCAAGUACUUGACGAUGAAACUUUGAUUAGUAUAUUUGAAGGAUUGAAAGAAGGAUUAUUGGAUACAAAAUACGUGGCAAUCCGUACUGCAAGUUUAUCCAGUUUGAAGAAAGUUGUUGAUAAAGUUAAAGACACUUCAUUACUAUCUUCAUCGGUUAAAACCAAACUGUUGGAAAUUAUUGAUGUGGCAGAAAAAGAUCCUUUAGCUAGUAUUUCCGAACCUGCUAAAGAAUUACGCAAAUCUAUUCUUUUAAUUAAAUAA